ACAGGGGGAGGAGAGAAUGGGUGUGAAAUGACCCCGCCGACAGCUGGACCAUCAUCGACANGCGAGUGAGGGAAUUGUUAACUCACGGGGCAACACAGGGGGAGGAGAGAAUGGGUGUGAAAUGACCCCGCCGACAGCUGGACCAUCAUCGACACAUGCACCGCAGGCCGAGCAGCGAACGCUCACGUCGAUGGACACAGAUGAAGAUGAAGACAUGGAUAUGACAGCAGUCAUGCCGAAGCUCGUGCCAGGAAAACCGUUACCUCAAGGCUUUGCUCAAGACCCUUCAGUGCCAUACUUGCUGCAAGACAGGUACAAGGAGUCAUCGGAGGAGGACUGGGGUCAUCAUAUUCUUUGGCAUGAGGGCGUGUUCGAACCGUGCGUGUUUGCGGGCAAGUGGCAAAUGGCUGUGAAGACAAGAGACCGUAGGUGGGUCGCGAAGGAAAGAAAGGACGCUGCGAUAUGGCACAGCGUGACGGAGACGCAACUUUUUCGGCGGGUUGCACAAGAAAAUGUCGGUGCAACCGAGGUGGCUGUAGCGGCAAAGGCGAAAGCUUUGUUUGAGCAACUGCGUGCGAACAAACAACUAGAAUUCAGCACAAAGUUCCACGACCUUGCAUCAAGUGUGUCGUACGGCUCCAUCGAUUGGAAAAUCAAACAAGCGUCAGCAGUGCAAGGAAUCGAUAGCAUCACCUCUCUGAAGACUCAAGACGUCAUCGCGCGCAGGAUGGCCAGAGGGGAUGCAGGCUGCGAAACGGACACACGUGUGAACGCAGGUCACAUACAGAAUGAACAGUUGCGAGCAUGUAUUCAACAAAGCACACAGAGAAGCGCAAUGGGGGAUUCCACUAUGAUACGCAAGGACGGCGGCGACAUGGAGUCGGGCACAUUGACAGAGCCGUCAACGCGUGGGGUCGACGAUGGGGCAACAAUCAUUGGAUCUUUCGGGUCUCUUGUCGCGACAGUGGCGGCGAGGCAAGGCUUAUCUGAAAUGAUGGAGACCGAUGCGGGCCAGGAUGUUGAAAGCCAGACUGUGAAGGUGGCGCCAGAGCAGGUGGCGGCAACAACAAAGGAGACGAAGAAAGGUGAGGGAUCUCGCGAACACAUUUCCGUAAUAGAUAUGAGAUCAGAGAGUACGGGCGAGCAUAUGAUCCAAGAUAACGACCAGAAAGAUGACCACGCUGCACCACGAGUGGAAGGUGAAGACGAAGAGGACGCGCAACGACCGAGACGGUCAAUGAGAGCAGUAAUUAAGAAAACWGUGUUUGAUGCGUAGGAAAGCCUUGGACGGGCAUGGGCGUUUACACGU